AUCGUCAGCAACGCUAAAAGAAAAGUACUUCCGGGUCAGGGAAUUUCGGAAACAUUCAAAAUAAAAGUCGCCCACGUAACAGUAGAAACGUGUCAAAACUUGCAUUUAUAAUUGUCUACACAUUAACGUUGAAUCAAUUUGGGUUUUAAAACAUGUUCCAAGGUCAAAUAAAUGGCCACAAUGCAAAUCACUGAAUAUGGAAUCAUAUUGGCAUAUAGAGCAAAAACUAUUAGUGCCAUAGUAAAAGUAUUGUAGGGAAUACUCAGUAGGGUUUGUAGAAUGUAUAUAUUAUGUCAUGUCAUGGGUUUCUGGACUUUUACUGUGGUCAAACAGCUUAAAGUGGGUUGCCUGGACACUAUAUAUUACAAAUAUAGCACUGUACAGGGAAAACAAUAGAUUAUGUGUCCAUAAAACCAGGGUCCAGUCUACUCACUAGAAUCCCUACAAUACAAAACAGGUCAUAGGAAGUUUUAUGUUGACAUUUGCACCAUGGAAAGCUACACUUUGAGUUGUCACUGUCAGCCUAUCUCCAAAUACAUGGCAAAUAUGUGACCCAAAAGCAUAUUCAUGUGAUGUAAUAUUUUAAUAAUUGCAAAUAAACUGGGGUGGAAAAUACUCAGUUGGGGUUUUACUAACCAAAAUGUUCAGUCUCUUGUAAUGUCUACAUUUAAUCAUGCAUGUUAUAUUAAUUUCAAAACAAUAAAUACAUUUACUGUUUUUCUGUUGAAUAUCAGUUGGAAACACAAAACACCUUAACAGUAAAAAAAUGUUUUUAGCUACUGUGAAAUAAAAUGCCAUUCCAUACACGACUUUCAUGCACUUGCCUUGCGCUAAUGGAGGUGUCAAAUACCGAUUAUUAACAGGUGAUUAGUUAAGAAGCCAACUUCUUCAAAGACUGCAACAAAGAUAGACUGUCAUAUCUACACGACUGUGACACAUUUAUACAUUAGUGACAUUAGUGCUAGUGACAACAAGGUGAAAUUAAACAAAAUGGUACAAACAGAUCAUGUAAAUGAGGCUCAGGUUCUAAACCUAUUGCCUGUGGAGAGUUUAAAUGAGGAAAUGUCAACUGCUCAGAGAAGACCCUCAGACUGCAAAACUUAAUAUGCAAAAUGUAUACACUUUUGAGGAUAAAGAACCUGCUACAUUCAUCCUGAUGUGGCCAAGAGUUCGUAUGAGGAAGUGUCAGUGGUGCCGAUGUAAAAGUGGUUGUUUUAAUUCCCAAGACAUUGGGAAUGAAACUAGCACUUUGAGACAAAGUUGUGUUAGAGGUUCAUCAGAUGAGGAAAUCGUAAACUCUGACAACUGAGCCAGAUGAGCAGCAUACACUGAAAUAAUCGAGGAUACUUUGAAAUAAGUGAGUGUGCACAAAUGUGCUUUGUCAGAUGAGGCAAACUUUGAAGUGGUAGGUAUUUCAAAAAGUUUUCAUGGGUAAGCCUAUUUGCAGGAAAGAUUAAAGAGUCCCAUCCUUACUGGGUAGUACAUUUUCGAUAUCAAUUUUCAGUGGCUCAGAAAAGGAUAUAAAAAGACGUAUCUUAAAAUAAAUGGAUACUGUAGCCAUUCUUCAUGCAAGAUAAAAUGAGUUAUUCUGGACACUGCGAAUGCACUAGAUUUCCAUGUCUCAUAUUCAGGCGAUAUCAUACAUUCAGAUGAAGAUGAUAUAAAGACCAUUUCGAGCUCCAGAGACUGACCAACUUGCAUUGCUAUUACAUAAUACUGCCGCAUAUAAGGUGCACAGGGAAUUAAUAGCCAAUGCCGACCUCCGAUGUUUGGCCGCUCAGAACAGAAGUGGCAUUGGACUAGAUACAUCAGUGUUGAGAAACAUAACAUCUGAACGACGCACAAAUAAAUAACUUUUUGGAUUCUGAUUAAAUCAAUUCACUGCAAUUACUGAAAGAAAAUGAGAAUGAAACAUCGGCACAAAUAAUAGUUUCUCCUGUACAUUUGUACAUAGUGUCCAGUCACCCAAUUUUAAGCUGUUUGACCACAGUAAAAGUCCUGCAACACUUCCUAUUACUUAGCUUUUUGUUCAAACACAUCUGAUUUGUAUUCUAGGGACCCUAGUGAGUAGGCUGGACCCUGGUUUUAUAGACACAAUCUUAUAUAUCUUUCCUGUACAGUGCAAUUUGUUUGUGCAAUACAACAAAAAUACAACAAUACUUUUCUUAAACAUUACAUUGCAAAAUUGCAUCCUUGAACAAUAGCACCAAUAAAUAAACAAGACUCAUACAAUCAAUAUAAUGAAUUGUAUAUUAUGUUCUUGACAUUCAUUUACUUAAGCUCCAACCAUUUCUCAAUGUGAUCCACCAUAAAGGCUUUAUUUAUCUUACAUAAAGUAGUUUAUAUUUAGUAGUUUAGUUUAGAUUUUAUCCAUUGUAUCUAUAAUUGUUCAUUUAAAAAAAUGUUUACAGAAUUUUAACAUGCAUUGAUUGCAAAGCUCAAAAAAAUAUUUAUUUCGUAUCAUACGCAUAGCGUUUUAUCCCCAACCUUUAUUUUGAAAGCAAAAUCCGAAAACCGGAAGUCUUCAUGUGGCUGAUAUAUAGCUAGUGUUGUUUUGGGACCCUCUUCUUGGUUGGUCCCUUCUUGGUUGAGUCCUCUGCCCUGGCUGUCCAAUGACAUUAGAACAAUUUUCUAUUCUAAUUUUGCAUGCAGUUGUGGAAUAUGAGGCGCGACUUUCAUUUUUAGCAUGCAUAACAUUCUAGUAGUAGUUUAAAAAAAAUGCAAUGUUAUAUUUUAAUCAAAACUUCUGCAGCAAGAUUUUUGAAAGAAUUCCAAUAAUGAUAACUGAACUAUGGCCCUCAAGUGGCUACCAGAAGCACUGAGCUCAAGUGUAAAAUGAAUUUUGCCAUCUACCUGCCUCCCAAGGCUGAGAAUGGGAAGUGUCUUCUGUCUUGUACUGGCUCUCAGGUGGUUGUAACAUCGAGGGUAAAGAUGAGAGCUGGGACUUUGGCACAGGGGCUGGUUUCUAUGUCAACGCCACCCAGGAGCCCUGGAAGAGCAACUACCGCAUGUACGCCUGCGUCACAGAGAUGUCUAUUUCUGGCCACUCCAUGGGGGGGACACAGAGCCCUGAAAAACCCUGGAAAAUACAAGACAUGUCUGUGUCUGUUGUUUGCCACCAUCUGCAACCCCAGCCAGAAGGCCUUCAAUGGGUACCUGGAAAAAGACAAGAAAGCCUGGGAGGUGUAUGAUGUCACGGUGCUGGCAGCAUCCUACUCCGGACCUCAGCUGGACAUCCUGAUCGACCAGGGCAGUGAUGACCAGUUCCUGUUGGCCAGUCAUUUGCUUCCUGACAACAUGAUCGUCUCCUGCUCAGAGAAGAUCCCUGUGGUGUUCAGGCUGCAGCCGGGCUACGACCAUAGCUACUUCUUCAUCAACGACCACAUUAAGCACCACGCCAAGUUCCUCAACGCUUAAGACCAUGACUGCUGGACCAGAACCCAACCAGGCUUUCUCCUCUAUGCCUUCUCCCAACUGUGCACCUGCUACUAUUCACCUGUCCCAUACAGAGAGACGUAGGUGCCUGGUGAACUGACAUUAACCUGAUACACCUGGUGAGCUGAAAUGAACACACCUGCUGUGUUGAGUCAAGCUGAGAAAAAGACAAUAGUGAGAGCAGGAUGUUUGUUAAGAGGAGCUUGCUUGCCACCCACGUGGUCACGCCAACUGGAUUUAAAAAAAAGUGUUACUCCUUUUGAUUACAUUUGUUUCCAUCUUAUGACCUUAGGCUCACACACUGACAUCUGAGACCAAUACAAAACACAUGUAGACUAAAGACCAAACAUAAGACUGUUUUCUUCAGAUAGUCUUUACUCAAAGUGAUGAAAUAUAUACAGUAUUCACAGCAGUUAGGGUGACGUUAAAGGGGUGUUUCAUGCAAUCAAAUCCAAAUUGCUGUACAACAAAUACACCAAUUUGACAAAAGGUACAAAAUUGUAUAUGGUACAUCAAAAUGCAAAAAAAACAUACAAAAAAACCAUCACUUUAAAAUCAAUGUCCUCCCAAUCAUAAGUACAAAACUGAGUACAAGCUUUCAGGACUAUGUACAGAGAAAGG